GCUCUUCACAUGCUGAUGACAGGACACAGGGACUGACCCCACCUUUGACCGACAGCUGUCAGAACCUCACGCACAAAGGUACAAAGGCCCGGUGAAACAGGACUUCCCUCUGAACUGCGAAGAGCAUCAGCUGGAUCCACCGACUCCCUGAAUAAUAUCUGAUAUCGCCUGUAAAGAUGCUGCUCCUACUACUGGGAAUCAUCCUCCUGCACGUCGCUGGUCUGGUCCUCCUGUUUGUGUCAACAAUUGUCAGCGUAUGGACGACAGGUGAAACUAGCACCUCAGACCUCUGGAUAAACUGCUCUACCGCCAAUGGAGGAUACCACUGUGACCCGGCAACAGCUGGAGAGUGGAUUCAGGCGGUCCAGGCUCUCAUGAUCCUGUCCAUCAUCUUCAGCAUCCUGUCUCUCUUCCUCUUCUUCUGCCAGCUCUUCACUUUGCAGAAGGGCGGACGCUUCUUCCUCACUGGAACCUUCCAGAUCCUUGCCAGUUUGUUCGUGAUGAGCGGCGCCAUCAUCUAUACGGUGAUGAGUCCGCAGUGGGCGCCGGAGACAGACGCCUUUGGCUACUCCUACAUCCUGGCGUGGGUGGCCUUCCCUUUGGCGCUGAUCAGCGGACUCAUCUAUGUCAUCUUGAGGAAGCGAGAAUGAGCCAGUACUCCAUCCCAGUGUUCCCAGUAACCCCCCUGCUCAACUGUCAUCAGUCCCAUUCUGAAGUAAAAGCGUUUGAUGCCUGAGUACCAAUGGGCCACGGAGCCACCAGGCCAACACACAGCGAGGGGAGGGGGGGGGGUAAUACCAAAAAUCAACAAGCAAACCAACACAAAAACAACCAAUACUGUCUCAGUUAAAAGAUGUAUAUAGUAUCUAUGGUUUAAAACCUAUUUAUAACACUUUUUACAUAUAUGUACAUAGUUGUUGUGUUGCUCUGUCAAUGGAUACGCGUAUGAGCUUCGUUUUAGCUGAUUAAGUGCCUCAAUGUUUGUUUGUAAUGAUGAAAUAAUUAGAUGCUAUUUUUGUUGUUGUUUUCUUUUUUUUGUUGCCUUUUUUUUGUUUUUGGUAAAUCGCCAAAGAAUUAUUUAAAAAAAAAAAAGCAAAAAACUUCAAGUAUAUUAUUAACCAAAGUGCAUGUAUAGAAAUAGAAGGGUUAGAAGCGUUUUUUGAUGGGCUUUGCUUUACAACAAAGAGUGGUAACAUCCGUGGACGUAACGUAGCAUAGCCAGGAAAUAUUAGAUUUGGUCCUUUUUCUAUUUUGUGAAUUUUCAGUGUUUUUAUUUUCAGUAUUUUUUUUUUUCUAUUACUUAUUUUCAACAAAAGAUGGUGCUAUGUAUUUUAUCAUUCCUAUUACUGAUAGCAAUCAUUUUACAACAGAGUUACUUUGUCAUUGUUUAGAGUUUCACACAGCCAUUAAUUCAAGUGAGAAUCAGACCGAGGUACAUACAUACACACAUACAAACAGUGCCUGACUGCUUCUUUAGGGAACACAGUCCAUUUCACAUUGCAGUGUCUGAUUUCUUUUUUUUCUUCAUCAGCUACUGUAAAAUAAAAAAAGAGUUUGGGGUGGUUGCACUGAUGAAAUCUAAAAAAAAAGUGGAAUGUCAGUAUUAUUCUGCGAGAUUGUAAAGAGUUGGAUUAUAGUGAAAUUAAGCUUUAUUUUUAGCUCUAUUUGCCUUAAGUGUCCCUAAUGUUUGUGUUCACCUGGCUGUUAAAGUCUCAAGAAGCCAAAUUUAGUAGAAUACCAUUAAAACAAAUAACACUGUGGGGGCAUUAUAGCCUAAGAAAUAAGUAUAUAUUUAACAUUACUAGAAAGAAAUGCCACUGAGUUGAAGCCAUAUAUAAAAAAAGAUGAUAGGAAAAACAUAUGUGGGUAAAAAGGACGGAGAGGUUUUGCAGUGAUGAUACAAAUGUCUGUUUCACAUACUUGAAAGUUUGACAUGCUGCAGUCUCUGCCCACUGACGUCGACACUCUUCUACUGUAUGAAAACGCUGUUCAUGUGUUGCGCAUUAACAGGUGGUGAUGACAAUCUAGCCUCACUUACUCAAUAAAAACUACUCUCACAUUAUCUAACACUGUGUAUUCCACUGUUACAAGGGACACGCUAACACUUGAUGCAUGCGAGAAUUUCAUUUUUUCUAGGCUGCCUGUAAAUCACACGUCUCUGGGCUGCAUCACGCCAGUAAAAUGAGGAAUAGACAUUCAAAUGGAAAGCAAAUUCUGAACCGUUUUGUGGUGAUGAAUCUGUUCUAAGUCUGCUAUGAGAUGCCAGAAGGUGAAACGCAGCGUGCAGCAUUUAAAUUCCUGCGUACAGUCCAGUCCAGUCUACCUUACAGUACGCCAUCAAAUCAAAAUCAGCUGCUGGUUGCAGAUGCUGUAUCCGACUUGUGUUACACACACUGGGGCGAAAGGCACGACGGUUGGCACUCGAUGCCGGCUAUUCAAAACAUGCAGCUAGUGUUUCAACGGCGUCUCUCAUAGCAUCAGAAAUAAGAGGACCUGGACGUGUUUUGAUCGCCGUAAGCAAGGGGUCUGUCCUCCACAUGACAUCUCCAGUAGCCUUCCAAAAACAGAGCUAUGUUGUGGUGGAAUUAAAGUAUUUAAUUCAGAGCUUACACUACCUAGUCUGCUGUGGGGUUUCUUAUUUUAGCAUGACGCUCAUUAUUGGGUUCAGUUAGAAGAGAUUGCCUCUAAUGACAACUGCCCUUUUUCUUUUGUGUAAAAGCGGCAGAAUUAAAAUGUCUGUGCCUUGUUUACACCUAAACUUCCAGAUGCUCUUGAUAUUACCAGUUGAGUCUAAUCAUUAAAGGAUGUUUCUUACCACCAC